CCUGGCUCUUGAGAUUCUUCCAGGAACAGGUGAAAGUGGCAAAUCGCAAUCAUUCAUUUAAAGUUUCCUGGGUAAUGCGAAACCGCCCUCGUUGUCUGAUAGGCGAUGCGCUCUCGGUUGUCUGGAACUUGAAGGAACAUGAUCGCGUACGUUGCGUUGAUUUGGCGGUGUGACCUUGUUUUGGCCUUUCAGGUCUCCUGUUUCUUUUCGCUCUGCGUAAGUUAUUCGACUGGGAGAGCCAGAUGGAACUAAUGUUGCCACUUGCCAGCCCUAGGAGCCCAUUCGAUUUCCUUCAACGGUUUGGAAAUGGGAUAAAAUAGCAUAUUUCGAGUACUAUCCCCGAGGCCUCAUCCCAUUCAAGGUCGUGUCUGUCUUGUUGCCUUUGCCAACGUCAUUAUAAUCAUUCGAUUCCAAUUAACUGUGGAGCACUUUCACCCUGCUUGGGCCGGGUUGAGGCCAAUUACCCCCCCUUACGCACGUCUAGUGAUAAAACUUUUCCGGUAUCAUAUAAGAAGCAUAUUGUCCCCCUUGAUAUCACUUUAUGAUUUGCUUUCUGAUAUCUAGUUUGAUAUCCAUGACCGUCAAACAUAAUCAUGUCUUCUCAAGGACAUUUCCCCUACCCAGGAAGAGCGGCAAUUAGGGAUGAAGCUUAUUACCCAGUGAGCAGUGAGAUAGCUGCAUUUCCUCCUCCUCCUCGAAGUGUCCUAAAUCGAGAAUAUGAACCGCAGACAUAUCGGCCAACAGCAGAGGCUCCUGGGCUGUACCAUUCUAGUGGAAAUAGGACUUCGCCUCUAUCGUGGGAGCAUUCUCGAGAAAGGCUGGAGCCAUCUCGAUCGCCCGAUCGUGGACGAUUCAAUGAACAUCAUAUUUUAUACAGCAACACUGGUAGAAUACUAGUCAAUUCCUCGCCUUACGAUCGAUAUUCAUAUGUUUCAUCUCCAGCAAACCUAGGACCGAUUGGCGCACUGCCGCGUCCCCCGCCUUGUUUUGGCGAAAGGGAUGCACAACCUGGGUAUUCUUCCCAUGAUUUUGUGAUGCGAGACCCUGAUUCACCCACUUCAAUGGAGACGUUUGAUCUCUUUCCUGAGCAUACCAAGAGACGGAUACCAGAAAACACGAAAAGCAGUGCCAAACAUCACCAACAGAGACGGCCAUCCAACCGCGAUGAGUUUGAUGGACCUACUCAGCUUUUAAACAAGCUUUCUCCAGGAACUAUUGCGGAACAGGAGAAAGAUUUGCCUCAGUUGCCCACUAGCCUGGAUGUCCAAGAGCAGGAUAGGAUCCUAUGUGAAGUCAAUGAUUGUUUGUCCCGGUGUGCUUUCAAUUUUGUUGCAAAAUAUCAAUUCCCCAUCCCUUUGGAGCCAGACAAGAGACAGGUGAGAAUACCAGCGGACCGGGAGUGGACAGAAUGGGUCUAUCUCUUAAAGCGAUUAGCCACCAAGCGCCGGAUUCCUGCAAGAGUUCUUUAUAAUAACCAAAUUAAGCAGUUCGUGACAGUCUUGGAAAACUCUUUGGAAAUGCGCCAUGCAGCUAAGCACCAGUCACGACCAGUGAAAGAUGAUAGGAAUAUCCUCCAGCUGAUAUCCGCGGGAACUCAGGUUGCUAAAAUUCUCAUGGAUGCCUCCGCAAUGGAAUUUUUAGACCAGCUAUAUUCCCGAACUGAAAAUCUAAUCUAUGAACGGCGAAGCUACCUUGGAGGCGCCUUAUCCAAGCCUUGAAAUACAGCAAGAGCCUACCAUUGAGGCAAAGAAAGUGAAGAAACCAGUGCUAAAACUCGGUUUCAGAUAAACCCCAGCUAUCCAAGCAUCCGUACCGUGCGAUCAAGCCAUCACGGACCCCGAGAUAAAUCCUGGUUUUGAUCACCUGGCAAGGAACGGCAGCCAGCCCUUGUGAUCGCUUCAUAAGCGCUUUUUGUUUCUCUUUUUUAUGUUUUUCUGACGUUUGAGACCGGCUGGCCAUAUUUUACACUGCCCUGGUGUCUCCAUGGAUUUUGCCAGCUCAACGGAACCGCAGUAUGUCUACAUGAAAUCCACAACUUCUCCCUAGAUUUCCCCAGUGCACUGAAGUUCACAACCACGACCUAAGAAAUUGCUCCCCUUCCGGCGGAUAUAUGCUUUCUUCUAGUCGUCCUCCGCGCCUAGGAACCGCAGCGAGGGCAAUACACAAUACCCCUUGCUAGCGCGUAUGAAUUUCCGUCCACUCUGCCGCACGGCCUUACCAGUUGAAUUUACAUUUCCAGUUCUGUUCCCGGCUUGAUUUCCGCUGAGCUGAACCUUUUCCACUCCCACAUGCCUCUCAUUCUUUAUUUUCUAAUGUUCGAAACAAGUUUCCCUUGUUGAGUUGUUCGCCUUACUUCCGGGCAAAAUAUAUACCCCUAUCAUAUACAUAUCGUCGCUAGAGGCAAAAUUCGGGUUGAAGGAAAGCCCGCCUGCUUUGCCAAUUGUUUUUUUCAUUUUUUUUUUAUAUCUGCUGUAUACGUCCGUUAUUUUCAUUUUAUCCCCCCACGCAUACCCAACCCUGCGGUCUAUUAUUCUCCUUGAUUUCUAAAUCAAUUGUCUGCACUUGUUCACUACUUCAUACCCUCCUCCUAAUUUUAGUCUUCCUUGUCGUGCUUUUAGAUCUGAGGUGUUUUUUGGUUUUAUCUUGCUUUGGAUAUAUUCAGGUUUUACAUGUGCUCUUUGCUCUAUGUUACAUAUAGUAUAUACGUACUGUAUUGAUAUGUCUAAAUAUCUUCUAUCAUCUUUUCUUUCAUUUCUUUUUUGGAUCAAUACUUGGCUUACGCAAUUUAUUUUCUGUCACCUUUCCAUUGCAAGUCAAGGUUAGCCAUCCAAUAUCAAAAUAUAUUUGAAUGCACUGCUCAUAGUAAAUCCA